AUGGAUGAGAUACUGUGGGCUCGGCAGGUAGCAACCCCAACUACGGCUUCGGCUAGUACAACUUCUUCCCCCCAGGCUGCCACACCCGCAAACCCCGAAACCGCUCUUCCCUCCUCACCCGGUGCCAAUCCUACCUCGAACGUAGAAUCCACACCCGGGAACCCAGAAACCGCUCUUCCCUCCUCGUCUGUUGUCAAUCCUACCUCGACCUUAGAAUCCAGCAGUGCCGCAGAUGCUACAAGUACCUCUGUCACUUCGUCCCUUGCCGACUUUACUACGUCAGCCCUGCAGUCGUCCUCGAUUUCUGAGUCUAGUAGUGUUGCAACCGCUUCAAGCACUUCCGAUAUACAGCACGCGAACAAUGGACUAAGCGGUGGGGGCCUUGCGGGCGCAAUCGUAGGGUCUAUCUUAGGGACCUUUAUCUUCACGCUACUGGGCGCGUUCCUUUUCCUUCGUCGUGGUAGACAGAACAAGUCCCGCGCAGAGAGGACCACAUUGACAUCCCCCGAUCUCACAAAAGGACCUGGAAAUUCCUAUUCACACCCUAUUCAUUCAUCACUCUCGUCCACGAACGGGACCCAGCCGUCUCAUUCUGUUCCUGUCGGGGCACAAUAUCUCAACUUAAGCGCAUAUGUCCCACAACCGGCAGAUGACGGUACUGUGUCUUCGCGCAUCCAGACUCUAUUUGAUCAGGCCAGUCUUCAUAUCGACAACUACUAUUCUACAAGCCAUACUAAGGUUGAAUUGCCGCAAGAUACCACCCAUAGCAUCGAACACUAUGAUUCCACUUUUCUGCCCGCCCCACUUACCACGAUGCUCUCUAACUCAAGGGCGAAAAGGAGUGUGCUAACCCAUGUCUUGGUUCGAAAGUUGCUCCAGGCGAUUGAGCCAGGGCAUGAACCAGAGUGCUUGCUUCCGGUGCCUUACGCGUCUUGUCCACAACUGACGCCAGAUAACGGUGACGAUCGUGCUAUAUUCGCUUGGCGCAUGCUCACGGCAUAUCUCCAUAGGACAGGACGUUCGGCCCAGGAAACAAAUCCUAUUAUCCCUCCAGAAGAUGCAAUUAAGUCUUUCGCCGAGGAUUUCACCUCGACAUUUGCAUCAUACAGUGACUCCCAGUUCCCGGAUUCAGAUCGGUUUGCACACUUGACCAGGGUGUUUAGAGCAGCGUCCGACCUUGGAGCUUGGCUGUUCUCUCAACCGUGCACCUAUACCUUUUGCUGGGAUACGAGCUCAACCCCACCGGGCCAGACUAUCAUACUUCCGGCGGUGGUGAAGGUGUCCGAUGAGUUGGGUCAGCGGUUGUUGGCGCGUCAGACGUUGGUGGAGCGAACUGUUGCUCGGAUUUAA